AUGCCACUCGAGAUCGUACAAAAUGCUGUGCAGGCCAAUAAAGACCACCAGUACGCUCUGAAGGUGUAUACCGAGAGACUCGAAGCCGAACUCGAGAACAUCUCAAGGCUACUGACUGCAGCAGAUGUGUCAGAACAUGAAGAUGAAAUCGAAAUAGAUACGGGGGGAGCUGUCGUUAUUCCCGCUUCUGUCAAGGCUUUGGGUCCGGUCUCCUCCAGUGAUCUACUUUCAGAGGGCUCGCCAUUUCUUGACGAUGCCAUGAAACGGGAGCGUUAUGUCCAGCCUAUAACCGUCCAUCAGUGGAAGGCGCAAGAGCUUGAAGCACUCGCAGACGCUGUACGCUUGGAGAACUACCGCAUUUAUGCAUUAGAAGCGCAGCUCAGGGGCCGGCAUACGUUCAAUGUACAAGGUGGCCAUCCCUCAGAUCACCUUGAACGGAACAAGACGGGUAUUGACUGGACGCGCGUUGCGCUCAAGGUCUCUGAAUCAAGCAAUGUUCAACGCUCCCCCAGAGAAUGUGAGAUCCGCUGGUUGGGAGACCGACACCCCGAUUUUAAUCAUUCCACGUGGACACAGUCCGAAAUCGACCGAGUGAAAGAGCUCGUUGCCGACGCGACUGAAGGUCAGGUCGACUGGGUGCAGAUAGCCGCAGAACUUGGAACAGGACGUACUCCGGUGGACUGCAUGCGUCAUGCCAUUCUCAGGCGUUCCCAUAGCUGGAACUUCGAAGCGGACAAUAGACUUUCACAAGCGGUGCGAAUUUACGGAACAGACAACUGGUCCGUAGUGGCGAGGUACGUUUCUGAAGAUGCCACGCCAUCACAAUGUCAGAAUCGCUGGUCCCGUACCCUCGAUCCCGACUUGAAACGCGGGCCGUGGACAGAAGAUGAGGACAAUGCACUGCGCCGUGCCGUCGACAUCCUCGGCAAUGCCUGGUCAGAAGUCGCCAUGUUUGUCCCCUGUCGCAGCAACGAGCAAUGUCGGGAACGAUAUCAGGACUACCUGAACCCCACCGUCACCAGAGGCAGAUGGACAGAAGAAGAGGACAACGCACUUUUCAAGCUCGUACAGGAAUCUGGAAAGGUCAGCUGGAAGGAGAUUAGUAAACGGCUGGGGACGAAGCGCACUGAUAACAUGUGUCGGUCGCGGUUCAUAACUUUGUCUAAGCGUAAACAAACCGAGGAUGCUGCUGCUGCUGAUCCAUCCUCAUCUGGCGCUCUUGCAACCCCGGAGCCCGCUCAAGUCGAACGCUUCUCCGCGAGCCCUGCUGCGGACAGUGCGCCAACCCCAAAACCGAAACCCCGACCCCGACCCCGACCCCGGGCUCGACACAAAAGCGCGCAAGCUAAGGGCGAGGCCUCGAGCAGCUCUACGCCGACCGCAGUCUCUGCGUCGGCUCAUGAUCGUACGGAAUCCACGUUGGCGCAUGAGGCCGGUGAGAUUCAAGUGGAGCCCGAGCCUACAGCAAUUAAAAAGCCCUCACGAGGACGCGCACCGAAGCGACGGCCGCCCGCUGAUACCAACGAGAAGCCUCCCGCUAAGAGACGCAAGAAGACUGCGCCGGAAGAUGUAGGAGAAGCUGGUGCUGCUGCGAGUGCGGGAGUGGGGGUCAUAGAUGUGGCAGAAGUGAGAGAUACUCAUGACAAUUUAGAGUCAGACCAGCCCACGGAUGAGCAUCAUGCUGAACAGCCUGUUGGCAAAGCGAAGACAACGAAACGCACUCGCAAGGUGCGGCAAGCUCCUCAAAAGCAGCCGCGGAAUAUGCAAUGCCCGUUGAUGACGUUGGUCAGUCUGUAUCUGGGAAUACAUCGACGGCCCCUGCGGAUGGUCACGACAUCCCGAAAGAACAACCUUCCGCCAGACGGGGACGCAAGAAAUUGCCAGUAG